AUGAGCUCAUUGAGCAAUUCAAGUGUUGCAUUAACGCAGCAAUCAGUAUCCGUCACUCAAUUGCAGAAAGAAUCAACAACAAUUAGUGCAUGUGCCAGUUCAAUUAAUCAAACUGUUAAUCAUGAAUGUAUCACUUUUGUAUGGCUCGAUCUUCGACGGGAUCCGACGGGAACUUUUGUCGGUACCCUUCGUGCAAUUAAUGAUUGUGUACGAACUUUUACUGAUGUGUCAGCUUGCUUAGAUUUCAUAAAGUCUUCUCAUGAGAAGAUUUUCUUCAUUUCGUCGUCGAGUAAUGGUGAGCUAUUAGCUACAGUACAUCUAUGUAUAGCUGUCGAAGCUAUUUUUGUGCUCGAUCCUGAUACGAACAGUGUCCGAGGAGAUUUUCCGAAGUUGAUUGAUAUUUUGACUCAACAAGAGGAACUUCUUCGAGUACUCAGAAUCACAUUAGAUACAUUUGAACAUAUUCAACUAGAAAGAUUCGUAUUUGAAACGGAUAAAAUGUUUAUAUGGUGGCAAUUAUGGAAAGAAGAAAUAACUAGUCAAAAAGCAAAGCAAAACAGUAAAAGUUAUUUGGUGGAACAAGCUCGAAACUAUUAUCGAGGCAAUUCAAAACGACUGAAACUAAUUGAUGAAUUCGAUAAAUCAUAUCGAGCGAAUGAUUCGCUUCGUUGGUGUUUUCGUUCACCAUUCCCAUCACGUCCUUUACGAUACGCACUCAUGUCACCUACCCUUAAUCAACUCUCAUCAUAUCAAUUUCUUAUAACUGAUGCAGUCCGUAUCUUACAACAACAAUCGAAGCGUACUGGCCAUGGACAAGUCUAUCGAGGCAUGAAACUACCGAAUGAACUGGUCGAUAUGUUCGAAACACAUAUGGGUGAACUAGUAUGUGUCAACGGAUUUUUUAUGUGUACGAAAUUAAGGAAUAUAGAAUUGCAAUCGGCUGCAUCACCAGGAUAUCGAUCUGAUCUUUCAUCUGUUCUGUUUAAAAUUGAUUUUGAUGCAGCAGCUCGAUUAGCUGAAGUUCCAAUGGAAAAUGGUUCUAUAAUAGUGGUUUUCGAUGUUGCAACAAGUUUUCGAGUGGUAUGCGUCAAUCGAGGUACGAUGUCGAUUAUCAAAAUGAAGACUACUUCAGAUGAAGGAAAGAAACUAGCAUUAGAGUUCAAAGAAAAAAAUAAAGGAAAGACUAUCAAAAUGCUACUUGACGAGUUGUCUGCCCCACCAAAACCGGCAACCCCACCGCCGGCAACUAAAAUUGAAGUCAGAAAUGAGCCGAUACAAAUCAACAAUUCUCAAAUAUCCGAAGAUGAAUUGGAAGCAAAGAAACAUUUGAAACGUGGAGAUAUUGAUCAAGCAAUUGCCGCUUAUCAACGUAUUCGACCAAUGCCGGUUCGAAUUCUUAAAUUAAUUGGUCAAUUGUCUGCCGAUGAAAAAGAAGACUACGAUACUGCAGUCGAAUGUUAUAGACAGGCACUUAAAAUGCAGGAAGAGGCAGGUGAGGAUAUCGCCGAUACUCUUUCACGACUCGGAACAAUUUAUCAUCACCGCGGUGAAUAUGAGUUGGCCCUUAAGUGCCAUAGCCGUGCAUUGGCUUUAUAUGAAUCUGCUCAUCCACGUGUUUCAAAUUCGAUUUCUACUAGCCUUACUAGUAUUUCAAACACUCGUCGGGCUCAAAAAGACUUAAAUGGAGCUCUUGAUUAUGCCCAACGAGCAUGGACGUUGUGUGAAUCUAGUGGAUCUGAAAAUGACGCUAUUGUGGCUAAAAGUUUAGCUUUAUUAACAAAUAUUCAUCAUGAUCUGGGUGAUGAUGCUCAAGCACUGAAGUUGGGUACACGUGCUUUGAUACUCUUCGAACGUGUUCGUUCAUCAAAUCCAUCUCAAUCAGCUGAAUUAUUGAAUACUCUAGGUCUCGUACAAAUGAAUUUAGGAGAAUUAUCCGAAGCACGGCAUUAUUUUGAACGAGCACUGAAAAUAUACUCUCAUAUUGCACCAUUGGGACAGGUAGAAUCGGCCAAAACCAAGAAAAAUCUUCAAUGUGUACUUGAAAUGCAACAAAAUAUCGACAAUUUACAACACUAUUCUUGA